AUCACUCCAAUGGUUUAGUUCAGCUCUAGUCGAGCAAUACUAAUAAAUAAAUAAUAUUUCUAAUCAAAGUUUAAAAAUUUAAUAAUAAAAUUCAUAAUAAUGGAAUAUCGGUGCCCAAGUUUUAGCCCAAGAAUUGGAAGUUUGGCUUAUACUCCGCCAUACACCUACGGUUCUUAUGAUUUUCGUGGCUCACCACUAAUGAGUGAAGAUGAGAUAGGUGUCCAUCAUUACUUGCGAUUUCCAACACCGCCAGUAACACCACCAAGAGAAUCUGCGGAUCUUAGCAGAGUGUCUUUGUCGCCACAACAAGAAGCAACCUGCAGCGCCACCGUGGAUAGCAGCAGGAAAAAGUCGGUCAUAAUGAAAGUCAGUUCGGACAAUCAAAUAACUGAAGUUAAUCCAGCUGCUAAGGAUCACGAUAGUAGUGCUUGUGAAAAUGAAUUGAUUUGCUGCUGGACCGAUUGUGGAAGAAUUUUUGAAAGCCUUGAAUUACUCGCUGCUCAUGUUACUCAAAUUCAUGCCAUUGCAUCAUUGGAUGGCCUCUACUACUGCAAAUGGGAGGGUUGUUCACGCACAACAAAAGGUUUCAAUGCGCGCUACAAAAUGCUUGUUCAUGUUCGCACCCACACCAAAGAAAAACCUCAUCAGUGUCAUUUGUGCGAGAAGAGUUUUUCGCGAGCGGAAAAUCUAAAAAUUCACAUACGUUCGCAUUCGGGAGAGAAGCCAUAUGUCUGCUCAUUUGAAGGCUGUCGAAAAGCAUACUCAAAUUCAUCGGAUCGAUUUAAGCAUACGCGUACCCACUCAAUGGAAAAACCAUAUGUCUGCAAAGUAGCCGGUUGUCAAAAGCGAUACACCGAUCCAUCGUCAUUGCGUAAGCAUGUGAAAACUUUCAAGCAUUCUGAACAAAUACGCGAAGAGCCAAAGCCAAUCAGUACAAUAGCUGAUGACAGUUACUCAAUGAGAACCAGUGAACGGUAUAUGCUGGAAGAACCAUAUGAAGAUCAGUUAUACAUAUCAUCGGGAACAUCACCCAGCUCUGAGUGCUUUAGUCGUUUUCCCAAAUCGUUUGAUCUGAAGUAUGACAGUUAUUAUUAUGGACCUCAUGUUCAGGCAGACUCUUACUGGCUUACUUCAAGUAAUCACAGUCAUAAGUUUGUUCUACCCAUGGAACCGAUGGACAUGGACUCACCUUUGGAUCUCAGUACAAAUAGAAGAUAGAAUACAUACAUAAUAAUGCAUACAAUCAAAGAAAAAAAAUCGUUUUUUCGUCUAGUCUUUUGUCUACUUAAUGUUUUUGUUUUUUUAAUUAAUUAUUUAUAUAUAAUUCAUCUUCAUAGAGUUUUUAUGUUAUUUUUUAAGAUAUGCAGCUAAAAAAUAAAGACUGUUAAUUAAUAAAAAAAAGUAUAAAAAUUA